AGAUAUGGUGUAAGGUAUUUCUUCAAGACUGGACAGCCGAAGACGUGUUACUUCUGAUUAGCCUUAAGCAGACUUAGAGCCAUCAAAAACCUCACAGAAUUUCAUAUUUUGCUUUCUGCUUUAUACCUUUCUUGGCACCGAAGUUCAUCUUGCAGCCAUGUAUGGAAGUGCUCGCUCAGUUGGGAAGGUGGAACCGAGCAACCAGAGCCCUGGGCGUUCACCUAGGCUUCCACGUUCCCCUCGCUUGGGUCAUCGUCGAACCAAUAGUACAGGAGGGAGUUCUGGAAGCAGUGUUGGAGGUGGCAGUGGGAAAACCCUUUCAAUGGAGAAUAUCCAGUCCUUAAAUGCUGCCUAUGCCACAUCUGGCCCUAUGUACCUAAGUGACCAUGAAAAUGUGGGUUCAGAAACACCUAAAAGCACCAUGACACUUGGCCGUUCUGGGGGACGUCUGCCGUAUGGUGUCAGGAUGACUGCUAUGGGCAGUAGCCCCAAUAUAGCUAGCAGUGGGGUUGCUAGUGACACCAUAGCAUUUGGAGAGCAUCACCUCCCUCCUGUGAGUAUGGCAUCCACUGUUCCUCAUUCUCUUCGUCAGGCAAGAGAUAAUACAAUCAUGGAUCUGCAGACGCAGCUGAAAGAAGUAUUAAGAGAAAAUGAUCUCUUGCGGAAGGAUGUGGAAGUAAAGGAGAGCAAAUUAAGUUCUUCAAUGAAUAGCAUCAAGACUUUCUGGAGCCCAGAGCUGAAGAAAGAACGAGCCCUGAGAAAAGAUGAAGCUUCCAAAAUCACUAUUUGGAAGGAACAGUAUAGGGUUGUGCAGGAGGAAAACCAGCACAUGCAAAUGACAAUCCAGGCUCUUCAGGAUGAAUUGCGGAUCCAGAGAGACCUGAACCAGCUGUUUCAGCAAGACAGUAGCGGUAGGACUGGUGAACCCUGUGUGGCAGAGCUGACUGAGGAGAACUUCCAGAGGCUACACGCUGAGCAUGAGCGGCAGGCCAAAGAGCUGUUCCUUCUUCGAAAGACUUUGGAGGAAAUGGAGCUGCGUAUUGAGACUCAGAAGCAAACCCUAAAUGCUCGGGAUGAAUCCAUCAAGAAACUUCUGGAGAUGUUGCAGAGCAAAGGACUUUCUGCUAAGGCUACUGAAGAAGACCAUGAGAGAACAAGACGACUGGCAGAGGCAGAGAUGCACGUCCACCACCUAGAAAGCCUUUUGGAGCAGAAGGAAAAAGAGAACAGUAUGUUAAGAGAGGAGAUGCAUCGGAGAUUUGAGAAUGCUCCUGAUUCUGCCAAAACAAAAGCCCUGCAAACUGUUAUUGAAAUGAAGGAUUCAAAAAUAUCCUCUAUGGAGCGUGGGCUCCGAGACUUGGAAGAGGAAAUUCAGAUGCUGAAAUCAAAUGGGGCCUUGAGUACUGAAGAACGGGAGGAAGAAAUGAAACAAAUGGAGGUCUAUCGGAGCCAUUCUAAAUUUAUGAAAAAUAAGGUAGAGCAACUGAAGGAGGAACUAAGUUCGAAAGAGGCUCAAGGGGAGGAGCUGAAAAAGAGAGCGGCUGGUCUUCAGGCUGAGAUUGGUCAGGUGAAGCAGGAGCUAUCCAGAAAGGACACAGAACUACUGGCCUUACAGACAAAGCUAGAAACACUCACAAACCAGUUCUCAGACAGUAAGCAACACAUUGAAGUGCUGAAGGAGUCCUUGACUGCUAAAGAACAGCGGGCUGCCAUCCUGCAGACCGAGGUGGAUGCUCUCCGAUUGCGUUUGGAAGAGAAGGAAACUAUGUUGAAUAAGAAGACAAAACAAAUUCAGGAUAUGGCUGAGGAGAAGGGGACACAAGCAGGAGAGAUACAUGACCUCAAGGACAUGCUGGAUGUUAAAGAGAGGAAGGUUAAUGUUCUUCAGAAGAAGAUUGAAAAUCUUCAAGAGCAACUUAGAGAUAAGGAAAAGCAAAUGAGCAGCUUGAAAGAACGGGUCAAAUCCUUGCAGGCUGACACUACCAACACCGACACUGCCUUGACAACUUUGGAGGAGGCCCUUGCAGAGAAAGAGCGGACAAUUGAACGCUUAAAGGAGCAGCGGGACAGAGAUGAACGAGAGAAGCAAGAGGAAAUUGAUAACUACAAAAAAGAUCUUAAAGACUUGAAAGAAAAAGUCAGCUUAUUGCAAGGCGACCUCUCAGAAAAAGAGGCUUCACUCUUGGAUCUGAAAGAGCAUGCUUCUUCGCUGGCUUCCUCAGGACUGAAAAAGGACUCACGGCUUAAGACACUGGAGAUUGCUUUGGAACAGAAGAAGGAGGAGUGUCUGAAAAUGGAAUCACAAUUGAAAAAGGCACAUGAGGCAACACUGGAAGCCAGAGCCAGUCCAGAGAUGAGUGACCGAAUACAGCAGUUGGAGAGAGAGAUUGCCAGAUAUAAAGAUGAAUCUAGCAAGGCCCAGGCAGAAGUUGACCGCCUCUUGGAAAUCUUGAAGGAAGUGGAAAAUGAGAAGAAUGACAAAGAUAAGAAGAUCGCAGAGUUGGAAAGGCAAGUGAAAGACCAGAAUAAGAAGGUAGCAAAUCUGAAGCACAAGGAACAGGUGGAAAAGAAGAAGAGCGCACAGAUGCUUGAGGAGGCUCGACGAAGGGAGGACAAUCUCAAUGACAGUUCCCAGCAACUACAGGACAGUCUCCGUAAGAAGGAUGACAGGAUUGAAGAGCUGGAAGAAGCACUAAGAGAAAGUGUACAGAUAACUGCAGAGCGAGAAAUGGUGCUGGCACAAGAGGAGUCAGCCAGGACCAGUGCUGAAAAACAGGUGGAGGAAUUACUGAUGGCCAUGGAGAAGGUGAAGCAGGAACUGGAGUCCAUGAAAGCCAAGCUGUCCUCUACUCAACAGUCUCUGGCAGAAAAGGAAACUCAUUUGACCAAUCUUCGUGCAGAAAGAAGGAAACACUUAGAGGAAGUUCUGGAGAUGAAGCAAGAAGCUCUUCUGGCUGCCAUUAGUGAAAAAGAUGCCAACAUAGCCCUUUUGGAGCUUUCAUCCUCUAAGAAAAAGACCCAAGAGGAAGUGGCUGCACUGAAGCGGGAGAAGGAUCGUCUGGUGCAGCAGCUCAAGCAGCAGACACAAAAUCGAAUGAAGCUAAUGGCCGACAACUAUGAGGAUGACCACUUCAAAUCAUCCCAUUCCAAUCAAACCAAUCAUAAACCCUCCCCAGACCAGAUCAUCCAGCCCCUCUUAGAACUUGACCAAAAUAGAAGCAAAUUAAAGUUGUAUAUUGGACACCUGACAGCCCUCUGCCAUGACCGAGACCCCCUGAUCCUUCGUGGACUCACUCCACCAGCUUCCUAUAAUUUGGACGAUGACCAGGCAGCUUGGGAGAAUGAGCUGCAGAAGAUGACCCAGGAACAGCUUCAGAAUGAGCUAGAGAAAGGUGAACGGGACAAUGCAGAGCUUCAGGAAUUCGCCAAUACCAUUCUCCAGCAGAUAGCAGAUCACUGCCCCGACAUCCUGGAGCAGGUGGUCAACGCGUUGGAAGAGUCAUCCUGACCCUGCUUCAUGGGGAGCAGCCAGCCCGGCAGCGCUGCUAGAGUAAACCCGGGAGCCGAGAAAGAGGAGCUGUAAGGAACGGGCACCCAGAAGCUUCCUGGCACCCAACAAACACUACAAACUCUGUCCUAUCUUGGUUGGUCCUUCGAGUAUGAUUCCACCAGCCUCUCUACAGCUGGCAUCUGACCUCUGCCUUUCUACCUUGGGUAUUGUCUCUACACUAAUCCUCCUGAUAUCCAGGGUGGGUAAGUGGCCAGGUUUCCAUGAAGAACUGCCGUCCCGUCAUCAGCAGUGGAGAACUCUGGAAGCUGGUGGUUCUGCCCUUACAGAGGGACAUGGAGUGGAGAGCCCUUUUUCCUUCUGUCCUUGACAUGAGAACUAAACAGGAAUCUCCUUGGAGUUCAACAUAUUGAAAGAAACUUCCCAGUGGACUAGAGAGCUGAGUGUUCUAAUAUCACAACAGGUGCUUUCUCCUAAAAUGGUUAAAAAAAAUUUUUUUUUGAAAAAGAGGGGAAAAGAGA